AUGAAAUUGAAGAGUGAAACUGCUAGUGUUGCAGCAACAUCAUUAGCAUCUUCCUCCUCCUCCUCCACUUCCGCUCCCUCCAAAAUGAAGCAUUUAUCUAUUGAGGAUGUUGACGAUUCAGAAUCGUUGUUGUUAAAGGCAGUAGUACACAAUGGCUCAUCGCUUCAGUCUCUGAGUAUUAGGAUGUGUUCAAAUUUGACCUUACUUACAGAAGGGAUAGGCGGCCUCUCAUCGCUUACAGAUCUUACAAUUCAUGGAUGCGAAAAUUUGGUCUGGAUUCCAAUUGGGAUAGGCAGCCUUUCAUUGCUUCAGUCUCUGACAAUUUGUAGUUGUUCAGAAUUGGCAUCACUUCCAGAAGAGUUAGGCAACCUCUCAUCGCUUCACUCUCUGGAUAUUUUUAACUGUUCAAAGUCAUCAUCACUUCCAGAAGGGAUAAGCGGCCUCUCAUUGCUGCAAUCUCUGAAAAUUAGCCAUUGUUCAAAUUUGGCAUCACUUCCAGAAGGGAUCGGCAACCUCUUAUCAUUUCAAAAGGAUAAACAACCUCUCAUCGCUUCAGUUUCUGAGUAUAAAGAACUGCUCAAAUUGGCAUCACUUCCAGAAGGAAUAGGCAGAGUCUCGUCGCUGCAGACUCUAAAACUUAGUCGGUGUUCGAAUGUGGCAUCAAUUCCAGAAGCGAUAUGCAGUCUCUCAUCACUUAAAUAUCUCAUAAUUGAAGGAUGUAGCAAUUGGACCUCGAUUCCUAGUGGGAUAGGUGGGCUCCCAUCUCUCGAGGCCGUUAAUAGAAACUGUUGCGAUGAAAUUACAAUGGACGCAUUGGCUGACUACCUCCUGCAGCAGAACUCUCGAGCUUGA